CGUAUCACCAGCUCUUCAUCUCAGGCAGCUGCAAUCUGGAAUACGCCCAGUCUCCUGGAUACAUGCAAAUAACAAGUGUUUAACUGACCUCAUUUUCGAAUCACUUCAGGAUCUCGCCCGAAAAGUAUAGAUUCAUUAUAGACGUGGCAAGUGCAGAACAUUCAAACUGGAGUGGUUUUGGGCGCAACGUUCGAACUCGAGCCAAGCGGAGAAAGAGGUAGAGAUACCUCAAAAGAUGUCAAAACCACUACCAGUGGACUCAACGUCUCUGACUCCGCAGUUCUGCUUCAAUGAACGUGUUUUGCGAGAUUUCCUUCGCCUAUCACGAACAACCAUCGAUGAUUCGAUAACACAAAACCUGAAUGCCUUGCUGAAACCCGCCGGUGAAGGAUUCGAUCCUUCAUCAACCCACGUUCGACAGCUCGACGCAACAAGUAAACGGAAACUUUCCAACAAGGCGUGCGACUCAUUCAAAGACGAUGUUCUGUUUCCGGCAUGGCAAACAAGAUCAGAUAUUCUCAAUUUCUGUGCCGCAGUGGCGACAAGCCCAGAUCCUGAGGACCCAGAUCUCAUCUCGAGACAAGUGGAGUCUGCAAAAGAACAUGAACGCGUUGUGAAUGAGCGUCUAGAUCCAUAUUCCAGUCGAUAUUUCCCCCGCGAAGCCCGUACAGAAUCUCUUGCGAGCCUUGUUCGAAAUGAAAGAUCCGUGGAGCAAAUCAUUCGAGCGAGGACCUGGGGCGUUGUGGCUGAAAGAUGCGGUACAACUAGAUCGUGGGAGGAUGCGCUUGAUCUUUGGCAGGAGCAGAGACGUAUAAAGUCCGAUUCGUCUUGAAGCUUAUCCGGGAUGAUAAACUUCGAUGUGGAUUUACUGGAGAGCAACGGAAUGGUCUCUUUUCUAUGCAUGUAUAAAAUGCAUCACGUGGCGUCAUCUUGCAAAUAAUAGCAUUAAGGCUGGGUUUGACUAAUGUACACAAAUCUCUUCUUGUAUAAAACAAAAACGGAACUUUAAUAGAACUCUUCUUGUCACAAAAAGCGGCUGUUUAUGAAGUGCAUGCUAGCCAUGAAAAUUGAUUCAAAGUCCACACAUGAUGGAGCUAAUGCUCAAAUGAGGUUGAAAUUAGGCAUGAUUGUUCAUUUAUGCCAGUUCAAUGAACCAUAAGUUUAUUAGAUCCAAAGCAGUUGUGUGAGUAGUACUUCUUUAAUAAUGCCAA